GGAAGACAAGUUAUAUCGGGGGGCGGAGCGAGCCACCGAGAGGGAGGUCGCGAUGGAUGGCGGCGACGACGACGUGGAAAUGGCCGCAGCGGCGGAGGCCGGAGCUGCCGUGGAAUUGGAUGAGAUGAAAAAGAGGUUGAAGGAAAUGGAAGACGAGGCGGCGGCGCUCCGCGAAAUGCAGGCCAAAGUUGAGAAGGAAAUGGGUGCUGUUUCAGACCCUUCUUCUGCUGCUGCGAGCCAAUCGAAUAGGGAAGAAGUCGAUUCUCGUUCCGUCUUUGUUGGCAAUGUGGAUUAUUCAUGCACCCCUGAGGAAGUGCAGCAGCACUUCCAGGCAUGCGGUACUGUAAAUAGAGUUACUAUCCGUACUAAUAAGUUUGGGCAACCAAAGGGAUAUGCCUACGUUGAAUUUCUUGAACAAGAAGCUGUUCAAGAGGCCCUUCUUCUGAAUGAGUCUGAGCUUCAUGGCCGCCAACUAAAGGUAUCGGCAAAACGAACUAAUAUUCCUGGCAUGAAGCAUUUCCGUCCACGACGUCCCAAUCCUUAUAUGGGCUUUCGGGGCAGGACACCAUACCCAGCUCCUUUCUUCUAUACUCCUUAUGGAUAUGGGAAGGUUCCUAGGUUCAGGGCACCAAUGCGUUACAGUCCUUACUUCUGAGGCUUUGGUUUUACCAUAUAAAUUUCAUGCAACAAAUGGAUAGAUCAGAGUCUUGAAAGCUCUAAUAUCUGUCCGUGUAUGUCUACUUGUCACUUGGGGUAUCUUGAUUUAUGUUUAUCCUGAGAUUGAUCUUACAUUUGGCUUGGUUAAUAUCAUGAUUUAGUUUUCUGUCAUAAAAUUGUUUGGUUGAACUGCAUCCUUGAGUUA